CUGAAAUUUAGUUCUGUAAUUUAGCAGUAAUUAGGUUCGUCAUUCAUGGAAUUGCAUGGGAAUUGGGAAAUCAUCUCAAUAGUGGAGUGAACAUUACUCGUGAUUGGUGAUUAGUGUUGGUAUUCAACGAGAGGCGUGUCGACGAAGUAAAGGAAAGUGGGAGCGGCAAACAUGAUCAAAAACGCAUAAAUCGCCCGCGGCAUAUUCCGGAAUAUUGAAACGCCGAAUGCACACGCUGCCGACACCGCACAAUUUCAGUAUUUUGUGUGGCCACUGGCCAGCCUUCAGUCCUAUUCCCAUUUUUCGUCUUCCCAGGAUUUUCUCUGGCUUGCUCACCAUGUCCAAGGCACUUGGUCGGAUUUCAAGCUCCUGUUGUAGUAAAGAUGAAAGGCACAAACAGAAAUUGGGGACCGAAAACUCGGAAGAAACUGCAAAGUAUGAAAUUAUGAAGAAAGCUAAAAGUGCAUCCUCUAAGCUCAGACAUUCCUUAAGAAACAAGACGAGAAAACGAAACGAUGUCGGAGUUUGUGAAGCCGAACACAUUGGUGACAUCGAGGAGCAAAAUGUUGUAGAUGCUUUCAGGCAAACACUGGCCAUGGACAAUUUGCUUCCUGCAAAAUUCGACAAUUAUCAUAUAAUGUUACGAUUUCUGAAAGCAAGGAAGUUUAAUAUCGAAAAAGCAAAGGUCAUGUGGAAGAACAUGCUUCAAUGGAGGAAAAAUUUUGGCUCUGAUACAAUCAUGGAGGACUUCGACUUCAAAGAAAUUGAAGAAGUGCAGAAAUAUUACCCUCAUGGUUAUCACGGCGUUGACAAGGCUGGAAGACCUGUGUACAUAGAAAGAUUGGGGAUGAUUGAUGUCGAAAGGCUGCUGCAAAUCACAACAUUGGAGCGAUUUGUGAAAUACCAAGUUAAGGAGUUUGAGAAAACUCUUGCUACAAGGUUCCCGGCAUGUUCUGUUGCAGCCAACCGGCAUAUAGACACGAGCACAACUAUUUUGGAUGUCCAAGGAUUGGGUUUUAAGAAUUUAACCGGCCCUGUUAUGGAUUUCAUUAAGAUGGUUCAGAAGAUCGAUAAUGACAAUUAUCCUGAAACACUUCACCGUAUGUUCAUCAUCAAUGCCGGUUCUGGCUUCCGGGUUAUCUGGAAUUUCAUCAAGCCUUUACUUGAUCCCGAUUCGACUUCAAAAAUUCAGGUGCUUGGCAGCAAAUACCAAGACAAAUUGCUUGAAGCGAUCGAUGAAAGUGUGCUCCCAGAAUUUCUCGGCGGUAGCUGUACCUGCGCGAACGAGGGUGGCUGUCUGCGAUCAGAUAAAGGUCCAUGGAAAGAUGACAACAUUUUAUCGAAGAUGAAAAUAGACACAACAGUGCAGCAAUUCCAGGAAGCAACAAUCUCAGAGGAGAGUUAAUCAUCAAGUGUACAGAAUAGCAUAUAUGUAUACAUAUGUGAGCUGAGCUGAAGAAGAAUGAAGAUUUAUAUGAAGCAGAUAAAGCUGGAUUACCAUGGCGGAUUGCUUCAAAUACGUUGGCACUUCAAACCAGUGGAUUCAUCAGCUUCAAUUUGAUUCGAUUCUUCUAUAUAUGAUUCAGAGAAAUAUUUACCAGAAUUGUUCCGCUGUAUGUCUGACUGAUUUGCAUCUUUGAAAAUUGCCAUUUCCAUUCAUCAGCAUUGGCAACGAUUCGAAUCAUGGUAUGGUUUUAUCUAAAUUGGAUUUUUUCUUCU